CGAUUGUUUUAAACAUUACGUUACGAUUACGAACGAUGUAAUUGUUAAGGAAAAUUUCGUAUUCUAAAAGUCGGGUUUUUCUUUCAAAGUAAAGUUCACGUGUGGUGUUUUUACAAUGGAGGUUACAAAAUUGGAUAAAGAGGAGCUUCAAUACGAGUUAAAAAUCCGCGGAUUCGAAGGAAUUCAAGAUGUGAAUCAAAUGAAAGUUUUAUUGCGCGGUUUGUUAAAAUCUGGUGACAAUUAUUUCGAACAUCACGUUGUGUUAAAUGCUAAAACCGAAAUCGAUACGUGUGUGAUAAAAAUCCGCGAACUUCAAGAACGCAUUGAUCAAAUCACUGGUAGCAAAAUGGACGACAGUUACAGAACUGCUGAUACUAAGCUAUGCCAUUUACUCGGGCGUAUAGAUAGGAUCACUACAGAUGACGAAAAGUUACUUAAAACUAGAUCUCUAUUGCUUAAAACAAUAUUACAUCUAAUGACUACAAUGGAAUCAAAAGUGAACACUUUUUCGGACCCUUUGAAAGCUGCUUGUACUAAUAUUGUUCCUGUUACCAGAACACUGACUGUUACGAAAAGCAAGAUGCCCAAUCCUACGACUGAGAAUUCGCACUCUCAUUCACAUCCGAAGAAUGGCGAUGAUGACCCUGGAGAGAUGGUAUUUUGUCAUCAAGCAGUGGCGUUAAAAGUGCUCAAUUCCGAUAACAGUACUACGUUGAAACCAGGAAUUCUCAGCAUUGUACAAUACAGAACUGGUAGAUGGAUCGAAUGGAGAUCCGAUGAAUCGUCAUUCAAAUUGGAGAACACCGAUGCUGAAUGGGAUAUAGUAGAUGCAGUCAGAAGACGAACAUGUUCCACCAGUAGUAAUGUCGAUAAUUGUUCGCUUAUCCCAACGAUUCGUAUCCAUAUAGCGAAUUUACGAAGUUACAAAGUCAAGGAACAUGGAAUUCAAAUAUCAUUGAUUGAUCAGAACAACGAUCGCUACUCGUUCGUGUUUCAAGCUGAUAACAGCGACGGUUUUGUGCACCUUCUGCGUGGUUUUUUAAACACACGACGGGCUGGUCGUUCGAAAACUACGUUUAUUGUGGUCGGAGAACGUAAAGAAGUUAAAGCAUUGAAGACAUUCGAUGAUGUGAACUUAUAUCCCGUUAAUCGAGAUCAAAAAGAGACCUACGUGUGGAAUUUCGUCAGAAACUUGCACAGCAGACCGUAUGAAACCACUUUACAAACUUUUUCUAAAUUGAGUGAAAUUAUAUUGUAUAAGGGUCCUGAAGAAAGACCAGAUGAAGUUGUUGACUUGCUUACUAAAAGUUUUCACGUAGAUGAAGGCAAUAAAACUCCUGAAUCCGAUUUCACAAUUAUCGAAGCUAAAAAAAUAUCUCUCAGUCCGAGACCAUGUUUUACUCGCCAGAAACCUUUAAAUAUUCAACAAUGGACAUCGUUUUUGGAUACAGAAGGCAGAAUCAGUAAUGCAGAAGCUAUCAAGUUCAUAGUCUUCAAAGGAGGAAUUGAACCUUCACUAAGACAAAAAGUAUGGAAGUAUUUGUUGAAAUUCUAUCCGUGGAAUUAUACUUCGACAGAAUGCGAUCAACUCCAUAAAGAGAAGAUGAACGAAUAUUUCAUCAUGAAAAGACAAUGGCAGACGAUGACACCAGGCCAGGAAGAACGUUUCUCAGGAUUCAAAGAGAGAAAAAGUUUAAUAGAAAAAGACGUAAAUAGAACUGAUCGUACUAUGCCCUUCUACGCCGGAGACAAUAAUCCCAAUUUAACCAUUUUAUCAGAUAUUUUAAUGACAUACGUGAUGUAUAAUUUUGAUAUCGGCUACGUUCAGGGAAUGAGUGAUUUGUUAUCACCUAUUUUAUGCCUUAUGAAAAACGAAGUAGAUGCAUUUUGGUGUUUCGUCGGUUUCAUGGAAAGAGUCGGUAAAAAUUUCGAUCUGGAUCAAGCCGGAAUGAAGAAGCAGCUCAAUGAAGUGUACCUUAUAUUGAAAUUAAUAGCGCCAGAUCUCGCCACUCAUUUGCAUACUUUCGAAUCUAAUAACAUGUUCUUCUGUUUCCGAUGGUUAUUGGUAUUAUUCAAGCGGGAAUUCGUUCUGGAAGAUAUUAUGGUAUUAUGGGAGGUAUUGUGGACGGAUCUACCGUGUCCUAAUUUCCAUUUAUUGGUCGCUGCAAGUAUACUCGAAAUGGAGAAACAUCAGCUAAUGAAACCCGGAAAUGGAUUCACAGAAAUUUUAAAAUACGUCAACGAACUCUCAAUGAGGAUGAAAUUGGAUGAGAUUUUUGUUCAAGCAGAAGGUAUUUUCUACCAAUUGAAAGAUGCAGGAGAUAAAUUACCUUUAGAUAUCAGACGCAUUAUCGGAUUAGCCAGUCCUGAAGAAAAUGACACCGAUAAUAGCGACGAAGAAGCUGCCCCUUUCAACCCUCACGAUUCCUCAACUACUAAAAAUUCUGAUGAUGAUUCUCUUGCCGAUGACAUGGAACGUGUUUCAUUUACAAACGAAAUCGGAUUUGAAGGGAUAGAAAGAGACAUGGCGUUGAACUAUUAUUAAUUUAUGAAUCUUUUUUACGUAAUCAUAAUGAUUUGUGAUUUUUAUAAGCAAUCUUUUUACUUUUUAUCGAGGAAUUUUUAUUUCUUCUUAAUUUUUUAAAAUUUAAUAGAAUUAAAACUUCAGUUAAUUAAACUGACCGUAACAUGAAUUGACUUACUCAGUAUUUUAUUCAAUUAAAAUACGUUUUGUGAUCAAAUUCUUUAGAGCAGAUGGUAUAGUUACCAAUGAUAAUAUUUUUUUUUCGCUCGCUAAUGUUUCGUUAUGAUUUUUUUUCUUGAAACAAUUUCCAUACUCAUCAUAAUUACAGUACUUCUUGUCACAAGUAUUUUUUUUAAUUGAGUAUGCCAAAGUUGAUCGAUAAUGUGAUAAAUUACGUUUCAAUAUUUGUAAUUCUAUUGUUUUGUACAAAUUUUUUAAAGUAAGUUUCAUAUUUUAAUAUUUUGCUGCCUAAAUCGUAUGUAAAAAAUUUAAUAUAAAAAAUUUUGUAAUGAAAUAUUUUUAAACGGUGCAUGAAAUACGUGCCUAUUAUGUAUAAAUUUUUAAGAAUAACUAGCGGUGUUUGGUUACAACUUGCAUUGUACCAUAAUUAUGCAAGGUUGUGGUCCUGAAAAAAAAAAAAAUUUAAUUUACCGGUUUAUAAAAAUAUUGUUUAUAUCUAUAUAUUUUUGUAAUUUUCAAAUAAAGAAAAAUUGUGCCACUGGUA